AUGGCCAAUAAUAUCAAGGUGUUUGCUCGGUUAAAGCCCUCUAAAAAUAUCAAACAAGAGCUGUUCAAGCAUGAAGAUCAAGCGCUUUAUAUUGCAUCUCAUAACCAAGUUCCAACAGAAGAUCACGAUCCAAAGCGCUUUCUUCGAUUUAACUUUUCGGACGUUUUCGGGGUUGACUCGUCACAAAAGCAAGUCUUUCAAGCGGCUGCAAAGGACAUUAUCGAGGCGUUCUUCAAAGGUUACAAUGGCACAAUAUUUGCCUACGGGCAAACCAACGCUGGAAAGACGUACACUAUUCAAGGACCUGCAGAAGGUUUACAAGAUUAUGAUACCCACGGGUAA